GGCAAAUUAAACAGAUACAUGUAAUGCCAUACACGCAACCACAGGAAAACUUCUUUAAGCUGUUUACAUUGGUAUAUCUUCAUGGAACAAAUAUAAGCCGUCAAUUAUUGCAGAUGUUCAUAGAUUCAAAACGUUUUACGUUCGAGGCAUUUAUAAACAAUCAUCAACAUGAACUAUAUCAUUUUUCAUCCAAUACACUUUGCUGUCAAUGCGAAAAGAACACUAUAUUGCCAAAAAAAUUGCUAUUAGAUAAAACACAAAUGCUUAUUAUUUUUGACAAAGAUUCCAUUCGCAUUGACAAACAUGAACAACAAAAACAAGGACUUUGUUGUUUGAAGGCCAACAAAAAUGUAAAACUGGAUGAUUUAGAUCUUACAUUCAUUCGAUUUUUUAUCGUUAAUUUUUGUUGUCAGAUAUUUUGGGAAUGUCAUUUACAAUAUGCCAAGAAGUGCAUCUCUGUGUUCCUAAAUGAUAAUGUACACAAGGUUUACCACUUAGCUUUUGCAAAUGUAUGUUGUUGUAAGUGCAAUAAUGACAGAGAUAUCUCUCAUCAACGACGAAUUACUGAAUCUCAGUUUGGGAUCAUUUUUGACACAGACGGUAAAACUUGUCAUCGAUAUUGUUCGUGCCAGUAUAGAAUAAAGGAAGGUAUCUCAUUAUCUUUACUGAUUGAUCAAGACAAAAAAUUGUAUACUGAAAUAACGAAGUACUUCUGUUCGUGUCAAAAGCAUUUUGAAGAUAUCAUUGCCAUUCGAAACGAAAUUGCACAUGCGUCGUUCGCGUUCAUCACCAAUGAUGAGAAAUUGUCGAAGCUUUGGACGGCAACAGCAAACAACAUACUUGCCAUAGCAAAUGUUUUAGGUGUGAAUGACAAAUAUGAACCACAAUUGCUAGAAUUAAAGGAGGAAUGCAGUCAUUCUUAUUAUCAGAAGUGUAUAAUAGAUUUGAUAAAAACAUCUGAACACUUUGAUCCGGCAAUCGUGCAAAGAAUUGACAAUUCAACUGAGGAAACAAAAUUUAGGGUUGUUAUGGCUUGUCUGGAGGAAUUCCUUAGUUCUGCCAGUAAUAGAAACGUGCAGAGCGUGGAAUUUGUAAAAAAUGAAGCUGUGUCUGAACAACACAUGUCCUAUUAUGUUAAUCAUAUUCAUAUAAUUUCACGGAAUCAGAUGGGUGAUCGACCACAAAAUUGA